AUGGAAUGCCGCCUCCACCACCUCGCGCUGCUGCUCGGCCUCCUCGUCUGGGCGGCGGCGGCCGCCACGGGAGGCGGGGCGCAGCCGGUGUGCGAGCCCUCCAUCAUCGCCACCCAGAUCGCGCUCUUCUGCAUGCCGGACAUGCCCACAGCGCCCUGCUGUGAGCCGAUCAUCGCUUCCAUCGACCUCGGCGGCGGCGUCCCCUGCCUAUGCCGCGUCGCCGCCCAGCCGCAGCUCGUCCUCGCCCGCCUCAACGCCACCCACCACCUCGCGCUCUACGCCUCCUGCGGAGGACAACACACUAUGGGCGCCCACCUCGCCGCCGCCUGCCAACAAGGUACAUCAUGUUCGUCUCUCUUUAUCUCUCUCUGUGUGUGAGAGAGAGUGUGUGUGUGGCCUGUGCGCGUGAGUGCGCAAGUGUGUGUACGCUCGGAUCCA